AUGCCCAAAAAGAAGGAAAAGAAAAGUGACGACAUGAAACGAGACGAAGUCAAGAAAACAUCAAAGAAGGAAAGUUCGUCGACUCGUGCAGCUAAAAGCGUGUCUGACGACAGAGAGAAGGACUUGUAUCUGACUCAAAUACGAUAUCUGAACGAGCAGGUGGAGAGGUACCAGCUGAAAUGCGACCAACACGAGAGGCAGAAGAAGGACUUAAGCUCUCAGUACAGUUCUCUGGAGAAGGAGAAGAAGGACGUCGUGGACUUUCUGAAGCGCUCCGUCCUGGAAAAGGAGGCCGAGGCCGACGAGCUGACGGAGCAGCUGGAGAGUCAGCGGCGGGCUGCCGACGAGGAGAGAGAGGCUCUGCUGCUGCAGCUCGGUCAGCUGAGGAAAGAGCACCAAGACCGGACCGAAGGACUCAACGCAGGAAACAGGACGCUCACGGCGAGGCUGGCUAGUCUGGAGGAGUUUCAGAAGCAGAAGGAGCAGCUGACGUCCAACAUGGAGUCUCUGGAGAAGCAGCUGGUCAGUCAGGAGGAGCAACACAAAGCUGCCAUCCACAACCUGGAGAUGAAAGCACUGCUGGACAAGAAGAGGUUGGAGAAGGAGAUGGAGAGCCACGUAGCGACCAUGGCGGCAGAGGUGCAGCACCUGGUGGACCAGAAGGUCCCACAGACGACCAGGUUGGCCCUCCAGGAGAACACCGAGGUCAAGUCUCGGAUCGGCCAGCUGUCGGAGCAGACUCUGUCCCUGAUGGGGGAGAACUCGGCCCUGCGGGACCGCAAGAUUCGGCUCAGCGUGGAUGUGGACAUCCUGGAGCAAAUGCUCAGCGAGACGUCCCGCAAGAGCUGCGUCCGCAAGAAGGUGGCGGAGCAGCUUACAGAGAAGUGUCGGCAGCUGCAGACGGAGCUGAAAGACCGAAGGCAAGAACUGGAGCAGCUUCAGGCCAAACACACGGGAGCCCUGGCUGAGAUGGAGGCCCUCAGACAGGAACGGGCCUCGCUGUCCGAGCGGUGCACUAACAACAGAGUGCAGGUGAGCCGGCUGGAGGCGGAGCUACAGGAGGAGAGGAGGAGGAGGAGCAGGAUGAAGAGCGUCAUGCAGGAAGCCGCCGUGGCUCUCAGACAAGCCCUGAUGGACGUACCUACAGACCAGCAGCAGGAGGAGGGGGGGGACUCUGCCGUGCAGUGGAAGCAGCUGAUGGAGAAGCUGCUGGUGGUUCUGGACCGGCCCACACUCGCCACCUCCACCGCUGAGAGCGACCAGCUGGAUGAGCUGCAGACCUCCGGAGGCGUGAGCCCGAACCUGGCUCUGAGUUUUCAGUUCGAGCUGGCCCGCUACAGGCCGGGCGAUCUCGGCCUCAUACCCCGGCCCAUGCUGAAACACAAACCCAUCGUCUGCAGGACGGGAGCAGCCGGGUCCAGCAGCACCCACGUGCCCCUGCUCAGGAAGCCGUCCAGUCAGAAAACAGCCGGCUGCUUUAGCCAGAAGAAUUCAGCCGUCAGACUUCUGACCUCCAGAAACUCGUUCGCUAAACCCAAAUAACACGAACACAACUCACUUCCUAUUCAUGUUGGGGAAAACUCUUUGUAUGUCCGAUCAGUUUAAAUGUUGUCUCCAUCUACCUUCUGUCCUUUGCCAAAUAAUCAAAGUUAUUGUGUUAUAAAUGACUUAUUUAAGUGCCACACGUUACAAAUAAUGACAAACAUUGAGAGCAGAGGGAGCUCAAGCAGAGAAGAGUCACUGAACUCAGUUCGUCUCAUGUGACGUGCAACCAACAGCGUCAGAAGAAGUAUUCUGAUAUUUUACUUAAGUAAAAGUAGCAACACCGCAGUACAGAAAUACUCUGAUACAAGUUAAAGUCCUGCAUUCAAAAUGUACUACUCAAGUACAGAAGUAUUGACACCAAGUACCAAAAGAGAAAGUACUCAUUAAAGAAUCAUAAACUUUAGAUUAUUGAUGCAGUCAUCGAUUGUUCUUCACUUUAACGUUGAAUUAAUUUAUAUACUGAUGGGAUGCUUGUAAAUUCCCCCCGGAGAUCAAUAAAGUUUUAUCUAAAUCGGUUUUAUUA